AUGGAUGCUCCCUCCGAUUCAUCAUCUUCUUCUUCUGACUCCGAAGUAGAGGCAGAGGUUGAGGCAACAGAGGAAACAGAAGAUGAAGAAGAAAAUGAGGUUGCAGAAUCGAGAGAGAACAAUGCAGCUUCCUCUUCUUCUGGAUAUGAAAGUGAGGAUAGUUCAGUAAAUGAAGUUAAUCUUGAUUCAUCAGGUUUACCAACAAGUGAUGACGAUAUCACAACUCAAAAACACAUGCAAAUCAUCACUGAAAGUCAUCCAAGUGGCAAAGGCAAUGCUGAACCUGUCAAUACCGAGCACGGUCAAAAAAAGGAUGAAAUCCCAUUAGAUGCAGCAGACUGUGUCUUAAAAUUAAAAUCAGUUUUCAAGUGCAGGCUAUGCCCUAGGAUCGUAUGCUUGUCAGAGGAGACUCUAAAGGCGCAUCUCACCUCCAAGAGACAUGCCCGUUCUGAAAAAUUACUAAGGGAAGGGAGGCUCAAGCUAAUGCUCAACAGCGAUGGACAGAUUGAGGGAGAGGCUCAUUCUGAGAUGCAUGAUGCAACUACAGUUUCGGGAGAGGAGAAGCCAACCAAAUUCAAGAAGAAAGCCAAAGGAGAACGGAAACAGAAGAAUAGAUUAAGGAAGAAGGAAGCAUCAAGGUUGGAGAAAGGAAACCAAGGAAAGAAGAAACGGAAAAAUGACAGUUGA